GAGUCGAGCCGCCCGCCGCUUCCGUCGGGGACCAAUAUAAGCCGCCUUUCUCUCUCCCCACCUCCACCAAACCCUUGUUCUUCGUCUAUCGCCUCCACCCCACCCAAAACUCACUCGAUCGAAUCCGGGACGGCGAUCUCGGAUUCGCUCGCUCAAUCCACAGCAACCAAGCCUCCGGAUCCGCUCUCCAACCCACCGCUUCAGUCAUGGCAGGAAUGGCACCAGAGGGUUCCCAGUUUGACGCUAAGCACUAUGACACCAAGAUGACAGAGCUGCUGAGCCAAGGCGACACUGAGGAGUUUUUCACUUCCUACGAUGAAGUGCACGAGAGCUUUGAUGACAUGGGCCUCCAAGAGAACCUGCUCAGAGGCAUCUAUGCUUAUGGUUUUGAGAAGCCAUCAGCCAUUCAGCAGAGGGGAAUUAUCCCCUUCUGCAAGGGACUCGAUGUGAUCCAGCAAGCUCAGUCUGGAACAGGAAAGACUGCCACCUUCUGCUCUGGAAUCCUGCAGCAGCUUGACUAUGGCUUGGUCGACUGCCAGGCUCUGGUCCUUGCUCCCACCCGUGAGCUGGCCCAGCAGAUCGAGAAGGUCAUGCGUGCUCUUGGUGACUACCUAGGUGUCAAGGUGCACGCCUGUGUUGGUGGAACAUCUGUUCGUGAAGACCAGAGGAUUCUUGCCAGUGGUGUGCACGUUGUUGUUGGCACACCUGGUCGUGUCUUCGACAUGCUGCGCAGGCAGUCUCUCCGCCCAGAUCACAUCAAGAUGUUUGUGCUGGAUGAAGCUGAUGAGAUGCUUUCACGUGGUUUCAAGGAUCAGAUCUAUGAUAUCUUCCAGCUUCUUCCAGGAAAGAUUCAGGUUGGGGUGUUCUCUGCUACCAUGCCUCCUGAGGCCCUUGAGAUCACCCGCAAGUUCAUGAACAAGCCUGUGAGGAUUCUUGUUAAGAGAGAUGAGCUUACCCUUGAGGGUAUCAAGCAGUUCUAUGUCAAUGUUGAGAAGGAAGAGUGGAAGCUGGAUACUCUCUGUGACCUCUACGAGACCUUGGCCAUUACCCAGAGUGUCAUCUUUGUGAACACCCGCCGCAAGGUGGACUGGCUCACUGACAAGAUGAGGGGAAGGGACCACACAGUGUCUGCCACACACGGAGACAUGGACUAAUCAGGACAAUCUGUGUUUCAGUCCAUUUUCAUCUGUGUUUCAGUCCAUUUUCUGUCCAAUGCUUGUUUACAAGUGUUUUUAUUAGCAUUUUUUGUUUGCUCGACUAAUCAGGACAUUGGUCUGGAAAUGAUCAUUUGACCUUGUUUUGCUUGGGGUAUAUGGCGUUAGAACUAUCACUUUCUCUUUACAAUGAAUGUUGAGGGUACUGAUAAGCUCCUUUUGUGGAGUGUAAAACUAAUAGCAUGUUUAUUUAGCACUGCAACAAUAGCAUAUAAAUAUAUGGUCCUUCUCAUUAUUCUGUAAUAUUUCUUGAUAUAAUAAAUUUAUAAUUCACAUGAUAGGAGUUUAAUUAUAUACCAUCAUGUCUGUUAAUUUAAGAAAAUACUAGCUUGCAGCUAAGCUCACUGUUGGAGACAUGUUUUUGCUGAGUUAGGGUUCUUUUGUGAAGACCAUUGAUAUGUAUUAAUCUGGACAUGUUCUCGCUGAAUUGUAUCUUGGGCCACCUUGCUUUUCUUAUCACGUGUCAUUAGAUUUCUUUUAUUGCAUCUUCCAUUUAUAUUUGUCCAAAGUAGCGGAGAACCUGGACUUGAGACUAAGAAAAUUUCCUCCAUUCUUGCAGGAUGAUCAUUGAUUCAUACCGUUCUAAGUUUAAAGCAUGUUUUAUGUGGUGUGGUACCUUUGGUUCAAGACAGUGAAGAUAAAGGACAGGGAGGUCAGCUGCCAGACAACGUGUUUGGCAAGGAUGCAGUUGUUGAUCCAAAAUCAACCGUCGAACCUCUGCCUCUGCCAAAAGAUAAAAAAUGGGUGUGGGACAUAACCUGUGAAACAAUCGACCAGUGCAGCCGACAAGAAAAAACAACCCUUAGACCGUAGAAGUACAUGGCUCCAGCUUCACGCCUCUCAAGCUCGGUCUAGAAUAUUUAUCAAAGAAGAGUUAGAAGAGGGGCGAGAGGAGAUGGCAUGUGCAACCAGAGCUUCACUGCUGCUCUGCGAUAAAGCUUGAGCACAGGCAUAUGGCUACACUUGUGGACUGGUUGCUACAAUUCAAAUACUUAGGCUUCUUAGGCCUUCCCUUUACAUAAGGUCCUAUAUCUGGAAGUACGAUGUUUGAUGGCAUAUACGUUCAUCAGAUCUUCUGGUUAGGUCUUGAGAUCUUACCACGUGGAUCAUGUUCAUAAUGCAGGUCUCAAGCAUGGCUUAAAAUCACAACCUUUUGGCACCCUCCUAAUGUUGGCUGGACAAAAACAAAUGGUGAUGGGGCUUUCAGUUCUGGGCCCGGGGAAGCGGCCUAUGGAUCCAUUGCUUGUGAUCACCAGGGCCGAUUCUACCCAAACGCAGCUAAUGCCCUCUCUAUGGAGGCUCAUGCUAUUCGAGGUGCGAUUCUGGCCAGGGAUAAGAAGUUUCAGAAAGUGAUUAUUGAAACUGAUUCUCUGAUGCUGUCAAAGCUGCUGAACAAUGGUAACUUUAAGCGUUCAGAAAUUGCACCUAUUCUCUAUGAUGUAAUGGAGCUUAGCAACGGUUUUUCUUGGUUCCCUAUUGUUUUUAUUUGAAGAGCAUGCAAUGUUGCCGCACAUGUCUGUGCUCACUAUUACGGAAAGGAGAAGGUACAUUUGGACUGAAUAUACACCUGAUUUUAUCUGUAAUUGCCUUUCUGUUGAUUGCAACUCUAUUGCUAUGGAAUGAAAAGCUCCUUAAUCGCAA